CCACCACCGCGCUGCUGCUGCUGCAACCGGCGGGGCCAAAUGCCGCUGCUCCUCGCCUCCUCGCCGCCCGCGCUGGGUCUGCAGCCGUCGACGAGGGCCCGGCUCAGGGUCGCCGCCUCCGCGGACGCCGGAGGAGGAGGAGGAGGAGCGGGUGCCGGUUUCCCGGCGUUCCUCCCCAGGGCGGUGGAGCGGAUCCGCGACGGCCCCGCCAUCCGCCUCGCCAAGCGAAUCGAGCGAGUCCCCGUCCAGACUGGCUUCUCCGAGAGCCCGAUACUGAGCAGCUGCGUGAGGCCGCUCGAGCAGCAGCGCAGCGGCGACCCCCUCGUGCUGCUCCAUGGCUUCGACAGUUCUUGUUUAGAGUGGAGGUACACCUACCCGCUGCUGGAGGAGGCUGGGCUGGAGGCUUGGGCUGUGGACAUCCUUGGAUGGGGCUUCUCUCAUUUAGGAAAUCGGCCACCGGGCGAUGUUGCCUCCAAGCGGGAGCAUCUUUACCAGUUCUGGAGAUCCUACAUUAGAAGGCCUAUGGUGUUAGUUGGACCAAGUCUCGGUGCUGCUGUUGCCAUUGAUUUUACAGUCAACUAUCCGGAAGCGGUGUCAAAAUUGAUCUUCCUUAGUGCAAGUGUAUAUGCUGAGGGUCCAAAAGAUAUGACCAGAGUGCCUAGGUUCGUCCCAUAUGCUGGGGCUUUUCUACUGAAGAGCCUCCCACUGCGGUAUUUUGCUACUUGCUUGGCAUUUUAUAAAAUUGCAGGUGGUCCAGCUGGAAUUUUUGACUGGGUGCAAAUUGGCCGUCUACACUGCCUACUUCCUUGGUGGGAGGAUGCUCUUGUUGAUUUUAUGAUGAAUGGGGGCUAUAAUGUCCUAAACCAAAUACAUAAGGUAAAGCAUAAAUGCCUGAUCUUAUGGGGAGAGGAUGAUGAAAUAAUUAGCAACAAACAUGCAUAUAGGUUGCAGCAGGAACUCCCAGAUGCAAUUUUAAGGCAGUUACGGGAGUGUGGUCAUAUUCCUCAUGUUGAGAAGCCAAUGGAAGUGGCGAAGCAUAUCCUUGAUUUCCUUGGAACUAAGAAAGCAGAAAAGGCAGAGCAGGGUUCUUCCUUACCAUCAACAGUAGGAGGGGGAACAGCAAUGUUGUUGGAGGCGGUGCCAAUGCUGUGUCGUGGAGAUGGAAGAAUUAGCACAGGAAAAUAUUGAACCAGAUAUCUUCUGCUGAUCAGCCACUCAUUUUAGGUUGUUAGUCAGGUAGUGCUGCCAAGAUGUAUUAUUCCUUCCUCCGUUCUUUCUUACUGAACAUAUAUCGAAUAAAUUUCAAGUAUGCUUAAGACUGUCUA